AAUGUUUUCAUCAAGGAGCAAGUUGGGAGCUUUGAUACUAAUGGAAUGAACAAAAGGGGUUGGUAUCCUUUUAAUGGACCUGACGGGACAUCAAAAUUGGGUGAGAUUGAUGUUGGAUUCCUUUCCUGUUAUUCUUUGGGGAUGUAUGUUGCUGGCCAUUUGGGUGAUAGUUUGGAUCUUAGGUUGUUUCUGACAUCUGGGAUGAUUUUCAGUGGCAUUUUUGUGGGACUUUUUGGCAUGGGUUUUUUUUGGAAUAUUCAUGUGUUCUGGUAUUAUCUUUGGAUGCAAAUGCUUGCUGGGUUGUUUCAAGCAACUGGAUGGCCUUCUGUUGUGGCUGUGAUGGGGAAUUGGUUUGGGAAAAGGAAGAGGGGUUUGAUAAUGGGUGUUUGGAAUGCACAUACAUCAGUUGGGAGUAUUAGUGGGUCUUUGCUUGCUGCUUGUGUUUUGGACUAUGGUUGGGGAUGGUCUUUUAUAGUCCCAGGGGGCUUAAUUGUUUUGGGAGGGAUACUGGUCUACUUAUUCCUUGCCGCUUAUCCUGAGGACGUUGGGUUUCUUUGCAAACAUGGUUCGGCCGUCGAUAUGGAUGAAAUGCUUAACGAUGAGGAAGUUCGGGAAGAAGGAAAUUUGGUUGCGAUAGAGAAGUAUGAUUCCAGACAAGGGUCAGUGAGCAGAAAAAGUGUUGCACUUUUUGACGCAUUCUUAAUACCAGGAGUAAUACCAUCUGCGUUGUCCCUCUUCUUCUCAAAACUUGUGGCAUACACAUUUCUAUACUGGUUACCAUUUUAUCUGAGUCAGACCGAAAUUGGUAGCCAGUAUAUGUCUGUGAAGUCUGCUGGAAAUCUUUCAACUCUGUUUGAUGUGGGGGGCAUUGUUGAUGGGGUCCUUGAUGGUUAUAUAUCUGAUAAAUUCAAUGCUCGGGCAACUAUAGCUACCACUUUCUUGUAUUCUGCAAUUCCUGCCAUGCUCCUGUACCGCUCAUAUGGGAAUGUUUCUCAAAAUGUCAACAUUUUACUAAUGAUGGUUGCUGGUUUAUUAGUAAAUGGGCCAUAUGCACUUAUCACAACUGCAGUUUCUGCAGACCUUGGAACACAUAGUUCUCUAAAAGGGACUUCUCGGGCACUAGCAACAGUGACUGCCAUAAUAGAUGGGACUGGAUCAGUUGGUGCAGCUCUUGGUCCUCUUCUUACUGGGUUUCUUUCAACAAAGGGAUGGGAUGCAGUUUUUUGUAUGCUAACUGUUUGUGCUCUUAUUGCUGGACUCCUUUUAUUCCGUCUGGUUGUAGUAGCUGAAAUUACUGAAAAAUCAUACAGACAAAUCCAUUCCCCAAGUGGGAAUCAAAGUCAUGAAGCAUCUGUGCCACUUUUAAGGAAUUAAAGAAGAUAAUCAGGUAAGCAUCACGGAGCUGUAGAAAAAUGAAAGGCUGAAGGAAAAUGCUAAAGAUAGAAGUAGAGACAGAAAGCUUUGUCUGCCCAUGUAUUUUAGGUAUUGAUGGCACUGAUUGUAGCCUUAUAUAAUCCUCCAGUCCAUCUUCUCUAACAAACAUAUACCAGAUUGUAAAUUUACUGUAGUUAGGUACCGUGCUCUUUCUUGUGAGUUGCUUCUCCAAGGAAUGAUGUGUUUUAGUAUGUGAAAUAGUUUCUUCAGAUGUUUGUAUGUGUGAGCAAUCUAUAGAGUUUGUGACAGAUUACUCUGGGGAAUAACAUUUUGUCUCCUUUUCUUGGUUGAAUAGAAGUCAUUAUAAGAG